ACGAUGCUACUAUUUACAGUUUCCCGUGCAGGAAAAGGCGAUGGAAAAGAGAUGACAUGAUUAGAUUUUUCCGAUACUUCCUCGCUGAAACAAUGUGUGACGUCUUAUUUGUCUGUGGCUGACUUUGUAAAGAGGAAUCAGGAUGGGUAACUCCUCCUCUGGAAGAAAGGAUUCCUUUGAUGCCCAUGGAGAAGUGAAUUUCGACCACUUUCAAAUUCUACGAGCUAUUGGAAAAGGGAGUUUUGGGAAGGUAUGCAUUGUGCAGAAGAAAGACAACAAGAAAAUGUAUGCCAUGAAAUACAUGAACAAGGCUAUGUGUGUCAGAAAAGAUGCCGUUCGGAACGUGUUCCGUGAGGUGGAGAUUCUGUCAGCGUUGGACCACCCUUUCCUCGUCAACCUCUGGUACACAUUCCAGGACGAGGAGGAUAUGUUUAUGGUUGUUGACCUACUUUUGGGAGGGGAUUUAAGGUUCCAUAUUCAGCAAGAGGUUCAAUUCGAUGAGAGUCAUAUCAAGCUUUAUGUGUGUGAGAUUGCUUUAGCACUGGACUACCUAAGGAAGAAGUAUAUUAUUCACAGAGACAUCAAACCAGACAAUAUUUUACUGGAUGAAGAAGGCCAUGUACAUAUUACAGACUUCAACAUUGCUACGAUGAUUACAGACAACCAGCUCGCUACUUCCAUGUCGGGAACUACUCCGUACAUGGCCCCAGAAAUCUUUGCCUGUGCUUUGGAUGAGUGCCCUGGUUACAGCUUCGCGGUCGACUGGUGGUCACUAGGGGUGUGUGCCUAUGAGAUGUUGAGGGGAAGGAGACCGUAUGACAUACACAACAGUACCUCAAUCCUAGAGGCCAAACAGAUGUUCACGACACUCAAAGUGCAUUACUCCUCAAGCUGGCAUAGUGGCUGUAAAGACCUUAUCAAACAGCUCUUGUACCUCGAUCCAGAGAAGAGAAUCUCAACAUUAGAGGCCUUGCAGAACCAUAGCUUUAUAUCUGAUGUGGACUUCGACCAGGUUCUGCACAGAAAAAUCAAACCCCCCUUUGUGCCUUCUAAGGACCACCUUAACUGUGACCCCACAUAUGAACUUGAAGAAAUGAUCAUCGAAUCCAAACCACUUCACAAGAAGAAAAAAAGACUUGCCAAACAGAAUUCCAAGAGAGAGCUGUCACGUCAGUCCUCUGUGGAAGGUGAUCCUUCACAGGACAUGGAGGAGAAUAUUUUUAAAUAUUUCAGAAUCUUCAACAGAGAGAGAGAAUUACUUCUCCCAACAAAAGAACAAGAGGAAACACAUCAGGAUAAAGUCAAUGAAUGUUAUGAAUCUCAGGAUGAGCUGGAAGCUCCAAGUGAAGACCCUAAACAGAAAAUCACCAAACAAGUGACUUUUGACACCAGUGAACUGACAAGCAAGAAACCUAUAGCUAGUAUAGGUGCUAGUACGUCAUUCAGCUGAUGUACACAAACUGUCUGUGAUUUACUCCCAGGUUUGUUGUGUUUUUGUGACACCCCCCUCCCUUUCCUGUCUCUAGGAAAGAUGAAAUGGGGUGCUAAAUGACUUGACUGUUUUGAUUUUAAAAAAUUGAAAAAGUACUCUCCAUUCAUUUUAGCUAACAGUGUAAUGGUAAUUAUGAGGCAUCAGAAACU